AGAAGCCAAGGCUUGUUAACGUGGUGUCAGGCAGAAAUAUUCACCCAGCGCGCGGUCUCCAAAGCUCAAGCUUAACCCCAUCCAAAACAUAUCCAAGCAGAAUACUACUCGCCGACCGUCGUCCAACGUACCAAAAAGAGGCGGGAGGAUGUCGCCGCCGUCGGCUGUGCGCGUGGUGUCGAGGUGCGUCGUGAAGCCGCCGCCCCGGCCGCGCGAGCGCAUCCCGCUCACGUCGUGGGACACCUCUUUCCUCUCCAUGAACUACAUCCAGAAGGGCCUCCUCUUCGCGCGGCCGCCGCUCGCCACCGCGGACCUCCUGGACCACCUGCACGGCUCCCUCGCCGACGCGCUCGGCUCCUACUACCCCGUCGCCGGCCGCCUCGCCACUGAGAGGCACCAGCGCGGGGACGUCGCCGGCUGCUCCGUCUCCAUCGACUGCGGCGGCCACGGCGCCGAGAUCCUCCACGCCGUCGCGGACGGCGUCGCGGUCGCCGACGUGGUGCCGCCCGGCGACGUCCCGCGCGUCGUCCAGUCUUUCUUCCCGCUGGACGGCGCCGUCAGCUACGACGGCCACGAGCUCCCGCUCUUCGCCCUCCAGGUCACCGAGCUCGCCGACGGCGUCUUCCUCGGGUUCGCGUGCAACCACGCGCUCGCCGACGGGGCGGCGUUCUGGAACUUCCUCAACGCGUGGGCGGAGAUCGCGCGCGCCAGGCUCGCGCCUCCGGACGCCCGCGGCGCGCUGACGUCGCGCCCGCCCUUGCUGGAGCGCUGGUCGCCCGACGGCGGCGAUGCGGCGCCGGCCGUGCUCCCGUGCGCCGACCCGUCGGCGCUCGUCGAGAGGCUGCCGGCGCCGCCGAUGCGCGAGCGGAUGCUGCACUUCUCGGAGGGGUCCGUGUCGGUGCUCAAGGAGCGCGCGCGGCAGGAGCUCCUGGCGGCGGGGGACGCGGCCGGCGCGUCCGCCGUGACGAGGUUCCAGGCGCUGGCGUCCUUCAUGUGGCGGUGCUUCGCCCGCGCGUGGCGCCGGGCGCCGGACGAGGAGACCGUCUUCCGCGCGGCCAUCGACAACCGCGGGCGUCUCCGGCCGCCGGUGCCCGGCGAGUACUUCGGCAACUGCAUCUCGUCCGUCACGACGGGGCCGGUGCGGGCUUCCGAGCUGCUGGCGCGCGGGCACGGGUGGGCGGCGGCGGCGGUAGGGCGCGCGGUGGCGGCGCACACGGACCCGGAGAUCCGCGCGCGAGCGGCGGCGUGGGCGGCGGAGCCGACCGUGUACACGCGGAGGUGGUUCCGCCGCAACGACGUGUUCAUUGGGAGCUCGCCGCGGUUCGACAUGUACGGGUGCGACUUCGGGUGGGGCAAGGCGCUGGCGGUCCGGAGUGGUAGGGCCAACAAGGUCGAGGGGAAGGCGUCGCUGUUCCCCGGGCGGGACGGCGGCAUCGACGUGGAGGUGGUGAUGACGCCGGAGAACAUGGCGGCGCUUGAGCAGGACGAGGAGCUGCGGGCCGCCGUCUCGCCGCCGUGACGUCGAGGAAUGCGUGCGUUUUCAUUCAGCGCUAUCCUGCCUUUUCUUUCCGACGAGUAUUUUAUUUUGUGUUUGAUUGAAGAGUGACAUCUGCCUUUUCUUUAUCUCACUUUCCGACGAGUGUUUUAGGUUAUAUAUGUUUUGGUUGAAGAGUGACAUC